AUGGUAAUUAAUUCCGACGCGAAGUCGAAACAAAACGGCUAUCCACACGACUCAACGAACGGAGAUGGCGUCUCCAAUGGCGUUCCAUCCACAGCAACGGCAGAAUUUCCCAUCGCUAUUGUGGGUAUGAGCUGUCGUUUUGCUGGAAAUGUCACGAGUCCUUCCAAGCUAUGGGACCUCUGCGUUGCAGGUCAAGAUGGCUGGUCACCCAUACCCGAAAGCCGCUUCGAUAUCAACGCAUGGCAUCAUGAAGAUCCCCAGAAAAGAGGCAAAACGAAUGUUAAGGGAGGCUACUUUCUCGAUGAAGAUAUUUCCUUGUUUGAUGCGGCGUUUUUCAAGUAUUCCAGCGACAAUGCUGCGGCAAUAGAUCCACAAAUUAGAUUAUUACUAGAGGGCGUCUACGAAGCAACCGAAGAUGCCGGAAUCCCUAUGGAAAAGAUAGCGGGUUCAAACACAUCAGUAUUCUCAGGAUGCUUCAGCAAAGAUUACUUUGAGGCUCAAGCUCGUGAUCCUGAACAGGUCACGAACUCGACCGCCGGUAAUGGAACCGCCAUGUUGAGUAACCGGAUAUCUCAUUUCUAUGAUUUGCAGGGUGCUAGCAUGACGAUUGAUACUGGUUGUUCUGCUAGUUUGGUUGCUUUAAACCAGGCUUGUUGGAGUAUAUGGUCAGGCCAUUCAGAUGCUUCGGUCGUCACUGGUGCUGAUAUACUUCUCAAUCCUGAUUCAUUCAUUUCCAUGUCAACCUUGGGUGCACUCAGUAAAGAUGGGAGAUGCUUCGCUUGGGAUUCCCGAGCUAACGGCUUUGGUCGUGGUGAAGGUGUUGCAGUAAUGAUCAUCAAACCUCUAGAAACUGCAUUGCGGGACGGUGAUCGCGUCCACGGCGUCAUUCGAGGAAUUGGACUUAACCAAGAUGGAAAGACGCCUACUAUUUCCUCCCCAUCAAUGGAAGCGCAGGUCAAGCUGAUCCAUGAAACAUAUAAGCGAGCUGGUCUCGAUAUUGCGGAUACGGGUUACGUUGAAGCGCAUAUGACAGGUACAGCUGCUGGAGACCCAAUUGAAGCGGAAGCUCUAGCUCAAACUUUUGGAAAAAGUCGUGCUGCAGAUGAUCCAAUUUACGUCGGUUCAGUCAAAACCAACGUGGGCCAUGCAGAGCCUGUCAGUGGUCUUGCUGCAAUAAUCAAGACCUGUUUCGCACUACGGGAAGGUCUGAUUCCACGCAACUUGAACUACGAGGUUCCCCACAAAAACAUCCCCUUGAAAGAUUGGCAUCUGCAAGUCCCAACAGAGUUGAUGAAAUGGCCCGUCAACAAGUCGCUUCGUGCAUCCAUCAACAAUUUUGGAUAUGGUGGGACAAAUGCGCAUGUCAUUUUGGAAGGUGCACCAGCCGCACCCAAACCUACCAAUGGAACCACCAAUGGAAUCCCCAACGGAACAACAAACAGACACGCUACCGACGAAAGCCGUGUGUACCUGCUAAGCGCCAGAGAUGCAACAGUAGCCAAAGCAAUGGCAAACGACUUCGCGACUCAUUUCCGUGGGUUGAUUUCAGAAGAGGAAGAAAUAUCCACAGGAAGUCUGGCCUAUACCUUGGCAGAGCGGAGGUCUUUGUUCCCAUGGAUGAUGGCGGUUUCAGCAAAAAAUCUAGAAGAGCUGUGUGAUCGAUGGGAAUCACCAGCAACUAAGGCUGUCAACACAACCUUAAAGCCUGUGCAGCGUCUUGGGUUUGUUUUCAACGGUCAGGGAGCUCAAUGGUAUGCCAUGGGAAGAGAAUUAAUUCUAGCCUAUCCAACAUUUGGCGCACAGAUACGCGAAGCAAGCGAAAUCUUGAGCGAAUAUGGUGCAAAAUGGUCCCUCAUUGACGAGCUUAUGCGUGACGAGAAAUCUACACGCAUCAACGAAGUCGAUAUCAGUCAACCAUCAACUGUUGCCAUCCAGUUAUGUCUUGUGGACCUUCUCAAGUCAUGGGGUAUUACUCCUGCGGCUGUGACCAGUCACUCGAGUGGUGAAAUUGCAGCAGCAUACACUGUUGGUGCCUUGACUUUCAAGGAAGCGCUCGGCGUUAUCUUUUAUCGAGGCCAGCUUGCUGUGAAGCUCCAGAAGAACAGUUCUGUAGAAGGUGGUAUGGCUGCUGUUGGAUUGGGUGCCGAUGGUGUUGAAAAAUAUACCACUGGUCUCAAAUCUGAUGGACAGGUCACAGUUGCUUGCAUUAACAGUUCUAGUAGCGUAACACUCUCUGGAGACCUAGAAGCCCUCGAUGAGGUGGUAGCUCGAAUUGACGCAGAAGGGAUCUUUGUCCGAAAGCUCAAGGUGCCAUUGGCAUAUCAUUCCCACCACAUGGCUCUUAUAUCUGGCGAGUAUACCAAAUGUCUCACAGCCAUUCUUCCAGAAAAGGCAAAGAGUUGGGACGGCAUUCUGUUUUCUUCGCCAGUCACUGGUGAAAUAGUCACCUCAGCAGAUGUUCUAUCGCCUUCACACUGGGCUCGAAACCUCACAAGUCCAGUUCUCUUUAGCGAAGCCUUCGAGAGUAUGUGCUUCAAUUCAGACGACUCGAGCAACGUGGAUAUGAUCCUUGAGAUUGGAGCCCAUAGCACCCUCGCGGGUCCGAUCAGGCAACUUCUAAAAGCCAGAGGCGCCGAGUUACCGUACGUCUCGUGUCUCAAACGAUCGGUUGAUGCCGUUGAAACUAUGCAGGAGCUUGCUUGCGACCUUCUGUGUCGAGACUAUCCUAUUGAUUUGACUUCGAUCAACUUUCCCUCGGGCUUGGAUGCGGAUGCAAAGACUUUCCUCACAGACCUUCCCACAUACCCCUGGAACCAUAGCACAAGCCACUGGUUUGAGCCAAGAAUAAGCAAAGAGAUGAGAGGCAAAAGAUUCCCACCCCACGAGCUACUUGGGACAAUGACAGUUGGCGGCACCACCAAAACUCCAACAUGGCGAAAUUUUCUUCGGUUGAACGAGGUAGAAUGGCUUAGAGACCAUCAAGUCGAGUCUAAAGUGAUUGCUCCUGGAGCCACUUAUAUUGCCAUGGCAAUUGAAGCGACUCGUCUUCUCACCGAUCCUUCCGAAGAGACGAUCCGUGGGUACCGUCUUAGAGACAUUCAAAUCAUGAAUGCCUUAGUGAUUCCUGAGUCCGCAGCUGUCGAAACCCAAAUCACAUUACGUCAAUGCACUGACAAGGAGCUAGACCACGUCGGUUGGUAUCAGUUCGAGCUCACUUCACUUGGUCCUGGCGACCUCUGGGUUGAGAACUGCAAAGGCUUUGUCACUGCAGAUAUUGGCAACGUUGUCGAAGCAGCUACCACACAAUGGCAAGCGCCGCCCACAGAAGAUACUUAUUUUGCCACAAAGAGUGCUAGCAAAGUGAGAGAAAUUACCAACGAGUCGUUAUUCUCUAGGUUGCAAGAAAUGGGUAUCCAGCAUGGUCCUGUGUUCCAGAACUUGACUGAUAGCAAGGCAACCGAGGGCAAAGGUCUCACGAACUUUGUCAUUGCCGAUGUCGCCUCAACCACACACGAUUAUGUUUUACAUCCAACAACAUUAGAUUCUAUAUUCCAAGCUUCAUUCUGCUGCUUACCGGAAGAAAGAGCACGUUCCGACUUGGUUCUUCCUCGCUCAAUCAGGGCUAUGUACAUACCUCAAAAGUUCAAGAGACAAGGUGGUGACAAGCUUCAAGCUUUCACGGAGCUCGCCCGCCUCAAUCGGCAGGGUAUGACAUCAAACAUUUCUGUCAUAAGCACCGAUGUGCACGAGCCCAAGCAGACCUUCUUUCAAAUGCAAGAUUUCUUCUGCCAAGCAGUUCCUCGAGAUACAGACGAAGAUAUGGCAGAAGAAAUCAGCUUGUGCGCCAAGAACUGCUGGGUGCCUGACAUCCUUCACGCUAUUCCAGAAGCUAUUGAGAAAUCUCUGAAAUCUUCGAUAAACGAUGUUGAGAUCGAUGAAGAGAAAAAACGAAUAAGAGCCGCAGUUUAUCUUAUUCAUGAUGCUGUUAAGGAGCUCGAGGAGGAGAGCAGUGAGGACAUAGACAACUGGGUCUGGCACCACAAGCUCUUUUACGACUGGAUGAAGGCUACCGUUGCAAGCGCCGAUCGAGGAGAGCUACGCGAGGGUUCCAAAAACUGGACUCAAACGACCCAGGGUAUGAGACAAUAUCUCUAUGAUGAGCUUGAGGGGUCAAGUCCGACUGAUCAAAUGCUUGUCCGAAUCGGCCAGAAUCUUCCUGCAAUUUUGCGUGGCGAGAUUACCACUCUGGAAUUGAUGAUGGAGGGCAACCUUUUGAAUGAGCACUAUGGUGAUCAGAGCGCCUCUGCUCUGCGUGUCUUGGGCCAUGCUCGUACUCUUUUGGAGAUUCAUGCCAUGAAGGAUCCAGGCGCUAAGAUCUUGGAAAUUGGAGGAGGCACUGGUGGAGGAGCUAAAGUUGUUCUUGAAGCCUUUGAUGCAAGAGCCAGGCAAGAAGGCUUUGAGGGUUCUUUGGUUGGUCACUAUACCUUUACCGAUAUUUCUCAGGGUUUCUUUGCAGCAGCACGCGAGAGAUUCAGUGCGUGGGAAGGCAUGAUGGAUUUUAAGCAACUGGACAUUGACGAGGACCCAACCACCCAAGGUUUCGAGGAAGGCCAGUAUGACAUGAUCAUUGCCGGAAUGGUGCUUCACGCGACAAAGAAUCUUCAUAGAACUCUGACACACGUCCGAAAGCUGUUGAAACCGGGCGGAAAAUUGAUUCUGCUCGAGUCUACCAAAGAUCGUCUCGAUACGCAACUCAUCUUUGGUCCCCUACCUGGGUGGUGGCUCGCGGAAGAAGCAGAUCGUAAGAUGAGCCCUAACGCAUCCGUUGAGAAAUGGGAUGAGGUUCUACGAGAAACUGGUUUUGGUGGUGUCGAUUUUGACAUCUUCGACUAUGAGGAGCCCGAGUUUCAAUCUACGAGCACUAUUUUGGCUACUGCCAUGCCGAUCGAAGGGCUACAAGGACCAAUUUCAAUCGUGCACGACGCUUCACAAGAUCCUUCCCACCCAUGGUUCAAACACCUGUGCGCGACUAUUGAGGCUGAGACGGGAGUCUCUCCUGUUGUCGAGUGCUUGGACGUCGUUGAGGUUGAGGACAAGAUAUGCAUUGUCACAGCUGAACUACAACAGCCAUUCUUAGACGGCAUCGAUGGACCUUCAUUUGAAAGUCUCCGAGGUCUUCUUGUCAACAGCAAAGGUGUUCUAUGGUUGAGCUCAGGUGGUCUGGUUGACUCUGCGGUGCCAUCAUUUGCUGCCACCCAAGGUCUUUUGCGAACUCUGAGACUGGAAGAUAGUAGCAAGCGAUAUGUUCAGUUGGAUUUCGAGACCGCAUCGGAUGCUAACGAGGCGUGGUCGAAAGACAAAUUUGGCCACAUUGUUCACGUCCUGCAGCAAGAUUUCAACUUCAGUCUCGACAAAGCCAGAAUGGAAACUGAAUACUCCGUUAAAGAUUCAAUGCUCCACGUCAGCCGACUCAUUCCGGACAAGAAGAGAAAUCAAAUUGCCAGCACACGGGAUAUUGACCCAGAGGCCGAACUACAACCAUACUAUCAAACAGACCGCCCACUUGUUUGGGAGACUUCCGGCUCAGGAAUGCUGAGUGAUCUUCACUUUGUAGACAAACUUGAUCUCGUCGGCGAUGUUCCCAGUGGUUUUAUUGAGGUCGAAUCCAAAGCAAUGGGUCUCAAUUUCCGAGAUGUUCUAGUCGCGUUGGGACAACUCGACGAGGAACUGAUUGGGCACGAGUCUGGUGGUAUCAUUACCCGAGUUGGUCCAGAUACCGAGCAUAGCGGACUCCGUGUGGGAGACAGAGUCUCAGCCUGUCCAGUUGGUCGAUUUGCAACGAGAGCCUUAGCUCACUGGACGGCAGUUGUCAAGAUUCCAGAUGACAUGUCUUUUGAACAUGCAGCAGCAGUCCCUGUUACCUACGGAACUGCUUACCACGCAUUAUUCCACGUUGCCAGAAUUCAGAAAGGCGAGACGGUACUGAUCCACGCAGCCGCUGGUGGUUUUGGUCAGGCAGCUGUGGUGCUAGCACAGUACGCCGGCGCCGAGGUGUUCGCUACGUGUAGCUCAGAAUACAAACGCGAUAUUAUCCACCAACAGUACAACGUCCCAUUAGACCAUAUCUUGUCAAGCCGAGAGCCCAGUUUUGCGCCUGCAAUCAUGGCCAUGACCAAUGGACAAGGUGUUGAUAUUGUGCUGAACUCGUUGUCGGGUGCUAUGCUGAAGGAGACCUGGGAUUGUGUUGCUCGAUUUGGCAGAUUCAUUGAGGUUGGUAAGGUAGAUCUUGAGGCAGCUCGACGUCUCGACAUGAGCCCCUUCCGCCGUUGCACCACUUUUGCGAGUGUUGAUCUCAUGCAAUUGCGUGAGUAUAAUCGUCCCAAGACUCACGAGGCUUUGGUCGAAGGUGUCAGAAUCAGCUACGAGAGAGGCAAGGCACCUAUUCUCCCAAUCACGCAAUACUCGAUGUCAGACAUGGAAAAGGCAAUGCGUUUGAUGCAAUCAGGAAAACAUACCGGCAAACUUCUUUUCGUUCCAAGCCAGGAAGAUAAAGUCAAAGUUAUCUCGCGUGUACGACCAGUAUCUCUGAGCGAUCCCAACGCUACUUACCUUAUUGUUGGUGGACUUACCGGAAUUGGUUACGCCGUCGCAGAGUUCCUCAUGAGCAAAGGUGCUAACCAUUUGCUUCUCGUCUCGCGAAAAGCGACUAAGCACGAAAAUGCUGCCAAACUCCACGCACAGGGUGCUGAAUAUGGCUGCAAGAUUCACAUUCGCGAUUGCGAUCUCACGAGUGAAAGCAGUCUCGUUGCGCUUCUUAAGGAGUGCUCCAGUUCAAUGCCACCAAUCCGCGGUCUUAUCAACUGCGCCAUGGUUCUGGAUGAUACAGUCUUCGAGCACAUGAAGUACGAGCAAUGGACUAACGGUAUAAGAUCAAAGAUUGAUACUAGCCGGAACUUGGAUAAAUACCUACCCAAGGAUAUCUCCUUCUUCAUCAUGCUGGCUUCAGGUCUGGGUGUCGCCGGUGGAUCUUCUCAAGGAAACUACGCGGCCGGUAACGCUUAUCAAGACGCUCUCUCUCGAAAGCGCAUCAAGCAGGGUCUCGCCUCCACGACUCUCGAUCUCUGCGUCAUCCGAAAAGUCGGCUAUGUCGAGAACAGAAUUGCAGGCGGUGACGACACCAUCGUAUCACGUUUCCUCAAACUCGGAUUCGGCGCCGUCGAUGUUGCAGUCGUACUGCAGCUCAUCGAAUCCGCCAUCCGUGACCCACGCCAAUCCGCCCAAGAAGACGCGCAGAUAGUGAUGGGUAUCUCCGAAGCGACCUGCAUCGCAGCUGCCAACAAUGGGAUCCCAGAUCGUCGAUACAAUGCACUGCAGAUGGCCAACCGACGUGGACGAGAUUCGGGAGCCGGUUCAGCGUCGUCAGGAGCGAGCCCCACAGCCGCUCUUGUACGCGCGUUAUCUGCUCCUGAUACUGAUAUUGCGAAAGCGUCAGCUCUGUUAGUUGAUGCACUAGCGGUUAAGUUAGCGGAAAUUUUCAGUCUCGAUCUUGCUGAGAUUGAUGUCGCGCUGCCUCUUUCCCGCUACGGUGUUGACUCGCUUGUGGCUGUCGAGUUGCGGAAUUGGUUAAGUGGCGCUAUCAGAGCAAAGGUCACUGUCUUUGAGAUCCUGCAAAGUACCUCGUUGACGGAGUUUGCGGGUCUGUUGGCUGUGAAGAGUGAGUAUGUUUCGGCUGCGGCGCAAGAGGUGGUCGCUGAAGGCGCGGCAACAGAAGAGGUCGCGAAAUAG